AUGCGUGAUUUAGUACCAAUCGAUUCAGUGUGGACAAAAACCGAAGAGACAUUUCGACAGGAGCAAAAUUUUUGCAUUCAGCCUGAUCGAAAUUUGGCCAAGUGUAAAUCACCGAUGGGUUGUUAUCAUAUUCGAUAUGCUAUGAUAAGUGAUCCACGUGCAAUAUCCAAUAAUCUUUCGGCUGGUUGCAUAUCAGAUAUUGAUCAAACAUUACUGGAAAAAUAUCCAUAUUUAGCAUUAUGCUCAAAUUAUCUUAAAAAUGGCUUUGCCAAAAAAUGCUUUUACACGGAUACACGUGAUGCGAUGACGUCUAUACCGUUGGUUGUAUGUUGCUGCAAUACAAAUCCAUACAAUGACUGUCCGUUACGUGCUCACGUUAAUGAUUUAGGAUUUGCUUAUAAAAUGAUCAAAGAAGAAAAUAAAUUUGAAUUUUCAUCUGAACAGAAGAAAAAAAUGAAAAAUAAAGUGAAAAAUAAAUUAAAUUUGUUGCAAUCACUAGGAAAAAAUCGAUAA